AUGACGAGUCUGCGAAUGGGCAGCAUGCCGUCACUGAGACGGCAGCACCUCCUUGCCGAAUUUGCCGGCCUGAAACAGGCUUGUCCCGAAGGUGUCUUUGUGAGCCUAACCCCCGGGGACCCGAUGCUGUGGUCAGGAGUCAUGUUCGUGAGGCAUGGUAUGGAAUCCUGGGACAUUGCCAUGACGGGUGACAUGCGCGGAAACGGCAAGACUGAGAUGCAUACAGGACCUUAUGCCACGGCUAUCCUCAGAUUUCAAAUAUCAUUUCCGGAUACUUACCCACGCCUGCCGCCACUCGUUACCUUCUCAACAGACAUGUUCCAUCCCUUGAUAACACCAUUGACGACGUACAUGUACACCACCGACAUCCAGGACAACGGCACCGUCAGCGCCACCGACGCCGAGAGACUUCCACCCGGCGGCUUCAGCUUGCGACACGGAUUCCCGGCAUGGUUUGGGAGGGGCAGCCGGAGCAAUGUGGGAAGCAGACAGAUCAGCGGCCAGCAACAACCGCCCGCAACGCCCGCCAAGCACGGCGCGUCCAGCACCGCGACGACGCCGAGCUCAAAGGCCACGCCAUUGGGUGGCCGGCCGGGGUAUCUUGACACGUCGAGGCGGGACGUUUCAACGUACGAGGUCUUGCGGUACAUCCGGAGCACGUUCGACGACGAGAGCGUGCUGGACUCGGUGCCACUUGAGGCGGCAGGGAAUCCUGGUGCUUGGCAUGCGUGGAGGACGCGUCAGCGGCAGGCAGGCAAGGUGUUUACCGGUGACCCCGUUCCUCAAGAGAGAGAAGACGAGGAAACGGGGCCUGGGGACAGUGCCGAGGGAAAAAAGGACCAGGAGGAGAAAAAUGAGGAGAACCCUCCUGCUCCUCCUGCGCCAGAGACGAAAUCGGCCAGCAGUGAGUUCGCCAUUGCGAGGAAGCCUAUCAGCAUCGGGAGUUCUGUCGCUGCGGUUCCUAGGAAGCCCGGGGACUGGAACUGGGAAGGCGUGUGGGAAGACCGAGUGCAGAAGGGCAUCACAGCCUCUCUUUCGGAGGCGGUUCUUUACGGAGCGGCGUCGGUAGGCGGCGAUGACCUCAUCAACUUUCUUCCGAUGGAGGAGAGUGAUGUGAAACUCACCGUAGGUAACUUGCUGCGCACAUUGGGGAAAAGCGGCGCUGCGACCCCUGAAAAACGUAGUAGCAUACAGAGCGUGCCUGCGACGGAAUGA